AAGCACCAUGGCCAGACGCAGAAUGCCUCGCUGGGGACUCCUGCUGGUGCUCUGGGGCUCCUGCACCUUCGGGCUCCCUGCAGACACCGGAGCCUUCAGACGGAUCUUCCUCAAGAAAAUGCCCUCCAUCCGGGAAAGCCUGAAGGAGCGAGGCGUGGAUGUGGCCAGGCUUGGGGCUGAGUGGAACCAGUUCACCAAGAGACUCUCCUCUGGCAACAGCACCUCCCCCGUGGUCCUCACCAACUACCUGGACACCCAAUACUACGGCGAGAUCGGCAUCGGCAGCCCACCCCAGACCUUCAAAGUCAUCUUCGACACGGGCUCGGCCAACCUCUGGGUGCCCUCCACCAAGUGCAGCCCUCUCUACACAGCGUGUGAGAUUCACUGCCUCUAUGACUCCUCGGAAUCCUCCAGCUACAUGGAGAACGGGACGACUUUCACCAUCCGCUACGGAUCUGGGAAGGUCAAAGGCUUCCUGAGCCAGGACUUGGUGACUGUGGGCGGAAUCACAGUGACACAGACGUUUGGAGAGGUCACAGAGCUGCCCCUGAUACCCUUCAUGCUGGCCAAGUUUGAUGGGGUUCUGGGCAUGGGCUUCCCUGCACAGGCUGUUGGUGGGGUCACCCCCGUCUUUGACCACAUCCUCUCCCAAGGGGUGCUAAAGGAGGAUGUUUUCUCAGUCUACUACAGCAGGAAUUCUCACUUGCUCGGAGGAGAGGUCGUCUUGGGAGGCAGCGACCCCCAGUAUUACCAAGGGAAUUUCCACUACGUGAGCGUCAGCAAGACUGGUUCCUGGCAGAUCAAAAUGAAAGGGGUGUCUGUGAGGUCGGCCACCUUGGUCUGUGAGGAGGGCUGCAUGGUAGUGGUCGAUACCGGUGCAUCGUACAUCUCGGGCCCCACCAGCUCCCUGAGGCUGCUCAUGGACACCCUGGGGGCCCAGGAGCUGAGCACAAAUGAGGUCAGAAGCUGGGGAAGCACCACCUGGCCCAGGACCCAGAAUUACCCCAGGAAGCAUCAGGUCCCAAACAGGGCCAUUCUGGGCCUUCCCCUCCUCUCCUCGCUCUUCCCACGUGUGGCUUGGUCCCCCAGGGAGGGGGUGGGCCGUGCACCCAGCCCUACCGGGUUGUGUCUGCUGGUAGACUUCCCACACUCAACGGGGCUCCCUUUGCCUUCCCCUCAGUACGUUGUGAACUGUAACCAGGUGCCUACACUCCCCGACAUCUCCUUCCACCUCGGAGGGAGAGCCUACACACUUACCAGCGUGGACUAUGUGUUACAGGAUCCCUAUGGUAAUGAAGACCUGUGCACCCUGGCCCUCCACGGUCUGGAUGUCCCACCGCCCACUGGGCCUGUCUGGGUCCUGGGCGCCAGCUUCAUCCGCAAGUUCUACACGGAGUUUGAUCGGCAUAACAAUCGCAUUGGCUUUGCCUUGGCCCGCUGAGGCCCUCUGCUGCCCAG